AUGGCCCUGCUCAAUGUGGGUAUGGACGUGAUUGACACAAUUGAUCCUCCUGCUUCAAAUGGGCAUCGAUUUAUAUUGGUUGCAAUUGAAUACUUUACCAAAUGGGUUGAAGCCGAAUCAUUCAAGCACGUGACAAAGAAGAUGGUGGCAAAUUUCUUAAGAGAUCACAUCCUAUGCCGAUUUGGGGUGCCAGAAACAUUGAUUACAGAUAACUCUGCCAUCUAUAGACCGCAGAUGAACGAAGCUGUGGAAGCCGCAAACAAGAAUUUGAAGAAAAUCAUUCGUAAGAUGACUGAAAAGCAUCGUGACUGGCAUGAAAAGCUUCCUUAUGCACUAAUGGCAUACCGUACUUCUAUUCGAACUUCAACUGGAGCGACCCCCUACUCGCUUAUGUACGGAAUGGAAGCUGUGCUACCUGCUGAGGUCGAAAUCCCUUCGUUAUGUAUUCUAAUGGAAACCAAGUUGGAAGAGACUGAUUGGUUAAAGCAACGUUAUGAACAACUGUUCUUGAUAGAUGAAAAACGGCUUAAUGCUAUUUGUCAUGGCCAAUGUUACAAAAAACGCAUGGCCCGGGCUACAACAAGAAAGUCCAUCGGCGUACAUUUGAGGAAGGCGACAAAGUACUUAAAUGAAUUUUACCAGUGCAGGAUGAGGCCAAAGUAUUGUCGUGGCUUCUGCAUUAAUCUAAAGCUCUUGAUGCCUGGUGAGAAAAAUCCUGAUUCAUCCUUGAUGACGAAAGCUUCCUAG